CGAGCUGAGCGGCUGCUUCUAUCUCUUGCGCCCCCAACAGGAACUAUGAGGUUCUUCAAGAGAGCGCAGCAGUUGCAAGCGACGCUGGAGACUCCGAAUUCGUCAACAGUGGAGUUGCCAAUGCCGGAGAACGAAAUGCAUCAGCUGUCUCAGGAGGUGUCGAACCUGCGGGCCAACCUGGGCAGGGCACGAGCGCACUUUAACACCCUGCGUGGCGCCCUGAGCCAGAAGGAUAAGAGCCUCCACGAGAUGCUGCACCAACUAGAGAUCCACCGUUCUGAGGAGCUACGGGCGCACUCGCAGGCCAUCAACAGCCUGCAGGCAGAGUUGGAGGCAGCGCGGCGGGGUGAGCGGGAGGCCGAGGAGCGUUCCGUGCACGACGCCAAAGCCGCGUCAUCGGAGCUGGCAGAGUUCACGCUUAGGACUGAGCGGCUUCAGGAGCAGCUGAGAAAUGAGCACGAGGAGACUCUGAAUCUGGCACGCAUGGAGCUGGCCGAAUAUCGUGCAUCGCACACGCACGCCGACUCAGAGUACGACGCUCACGUCGUGCACAUCGCGGUCCUGCAGAAGGUGAGGCCUCCACUCUCGCAAACAGCCACCCCCCUACCCUCCCCCUACCCACACUCUAGCUCCCUUGUCAUUCGGGGCCAUUGAUUGGUGUCCUGGAAAAUACUUGAUAAUCCACAUAAUUCCUUGGAGCUCUUUUCAGAAUUUGCCAUGUUUCAUCCAUUGCUGGAUGUAGGCCUUCCUUAAACCACCACCACAACCUCUCACGAUCUUGCAAUGAUAACAAUCCACCUAGUACCUGCACUCAAUCAGAUUCCAUCGCUCUAUUCCCAGGCUGACACUGUGCUAUUAUUCUCCACCAUCCUUCAUCCCCUUGAGCAAUGUGUC